AUGUCGUCUUCGGAUAGAAUGGAUACCUCUGAGGUGGAAGUUCAAAGCGAUGAACGACCGGGAAGUUCGGCGGCGGUGGCGGCCCAAAACAAGCCGAAACAAUCAUCCGAAGUGGAUGUGAAUAAUAUCGACGAGGAGCGCGUCGAGACCGAAGUCGAGGAGAAACUCGAGAAAAUCGAUGUUGCCGCCGAUGAAGCGGAAGAUGCGGUCGUCGACAUGGCUCCAAAGACACCGAGACGUGGACGCGGCGCGCCGAAAAAGAUUACAGCGGCAAGUCCGCGCGAAACAGCAGUGACUCCGGGAAAAGCGGGACGUGGCCGAAAACGAAAGCCGAGUGUAACUGAAUCCGCUAAUACUACUGUUAAUUCGACUUUUGGUGAACACAAGACCCCAGGAAGGAAAGUUCGUAAGUGAAUUUUGACAUUUUAGCGAGGAAUUUCAUCAGUCAAAAUCCUUUUUCCAGAAAAAUUGCAAGUUCUCACAUACCAGCAAUUCGCUCCAAGCAUUGUCGGCGAUCGUGUUUUGUCGUGUGGCGAAGGCGAAUCCUUGGGUCAUCCAGGACGAACAACCACCAAAAAACCGAGAAGAGUCGAUAUUUUCGAAGAGUUGAACGUGAAACCGAUUCAAGUCGUUGCUGGCGGUGUUCAUUCGGCUGUUUUGACCGACGACGGACAGGUUUUUAUGUGCGGAAUCAAUGAGAAGGGAACUGUUCCAGCUGAAGGUGUUGAACGAGAAGGAAGUACCGAUGAAUUCGCCAAAGUUCCGUUUUCUGAGGAUUUGCAAAAGGAGGGCAAGGUAAAGAGUUUUUUGAAUAGAAAAAAUUGAAUUUUCCGUUUUAUUUUCAGAUCAUUAUGAUCGCCGCCGGCGCCAGUUUCACAGCCGGUUUGACCGAUCAAGGAACCGUCAUCGCGUGGGGAAAUUUGCGAAACUCGAAUGGAAACGUCGAUGUUCACCCACUUUUGCACAAAAUGCAAGAGCAACCGGCGGUUAUUGUGCAUCACAACAAGCGAAAAAUAGUGAAAAUUGCGGCUGGUGAAAAUCAUUUGGUUAUGUUGGAUGAACUCGGCCAGAUUUUGACAUUUGGAGAUGGAGAAAUGGGACAACUUGGAAGAAGUGUUAGAACGAAGACCAUUAGAUCGAGUAAGUUUUUCUGGAGGAAAAAUUGGUGAAUUUUGAAGUUCUGACCUGAAAAUUCGAAAAUUCCGAGAUUUUAAAAAUUUCUUGAAAACUAGAUUAAAAGUAUACAAAUUUUCUGAAAUCAUAAGAAAUUUGCGUAUUUUAAUCUUAAAAUUCUCGAGCUCCUUUGGAGUUUCAAAAAUUACAAUAAGAAAAAUUCUACUGUUUCAAAAUUGUGAUAUUAUUCCUCAAGUUUAUUAAAUUUUUAUUAUGAUUUUAGAUGACCCUAAAAAGUUCCAAAGUAUCAUUAAAACUAACAAAAACCUUUGAAUUCCCCCCAAAAUCUUAAAAUUCUCUAAUUUCAGAAUUCAUGUGCGACGAAUCCGGCGAACAUCUCGUUGUUCCACUCCGUUUCCGUCAAAAGAAAUUCUACGACGUGAAUGCGAAAAACGUGUUUGCCAGCGGUUUCUGGACAAUUGUUCACGGUGAAGACGGCAAAUACUAUGCGUUCGGUCUCAACAAUUUUGGCCAACUCGGCAUUAAAGUCGACGAGGCGAACAAUGAUAAUGUCGGACCUGAUGGACAAGACAAUCGAGAAUUGCGAGUAUUUUUGCCGGCCGAAGCACCUGCGUUCGGCGCCGAAGACACUUUCACCUCGAUUGAAGGUGUUCAACACGUUGUUGUUCGCACCGAGAAUGGCGAGGUUUUCACGAUGGGAAAGAAUACGGAUAAUGCGUUGGGUUUGGGAAAUUGGCAAGGAAAAGAUGAUCAACAACAUUGGUUGUGAGUUUUUUUUGAGAGAAAAUGAAAAAUCCAACAACAACCAUGUUUCCAGAUACGAUUCCUUGCAAAAACUCGACAUUGACGGCAAAAAAGUGGCAGGCGUCAGCGCAAAAUUGGCCACAUCAGUUGUUUGGACAGAAGACGGAGAGGCGUAUGCAUGGGGAUUUGAUACGACUGGACAAUUGGGUCUCGGAUUGAAGGACGAUGAUGAUAAGGUAUAGUAGAUUUUGGGUGGAAAUUCGGGGUGAAAGCUACCUAAAAAGGUCAAAUAUAUUAAUCAUUUUCAGCCUUUGUCUUAUUUUUUUCAUUUCAUUUCAUUUUCAAAGCCCAAUUUCCACGCAAUUUCCUCCCUGCUUCUUUCUUUCGUUUUUUUUUCAAUUCAAAUUCAAAUUUUCCUAUGAAAUUGGAAUUAAAUUAAAAGAAAACGCGUGUGAGGUCGUUGUGUAAUUUAUGACGUUUUGUUUGUUUUUGAGAAAUGUUUUUGAAGCGCGAAAAGAGGCGUAGAUUGAGCCUACACUCUAUUUUCGAAUCAUUUUUGGCUGAAAAUUAGAAAACCUUAAAUGUUGUUCCCAAAAUUACUCCAAAUUCAUCCAAUUAAUUUAUCAGAUGGUCCCAACACCGGAACAAAUCACAUCAGCUCAUCUCGACGGAUUUUCGAUCAUCGGAGCCUCGGUUUCCGAUCAGCACACCCUGAUUUUGGCUAAAAAAUCGGAAAAAUAG